GUUUCCGGUCUCACACCCGACAUUACAACAACAAGACAGGGAGCCGAGCAGAGGAGACGACGGUAACACAGCCGGAGCAAACAGAAAUCCAAAAAGUCUCACCACAGAAGAAUUCCCACUGAUAUCGUUGGAAAGCUCCUGCGUCGCCCGCAGAUGAAGCAGAUGUUGUAGAGGGGGAGCCACACCCCUCCACCCACAGCAGGGGCAGCGUUUGGAGUGUUUGUCGGAGCCCAGGAUGGAGGGGAUUUGAGGGGGCGCUCUCCUCAGGUGAGUCCUGAGUUGUGACACUUGAGCUCUCUUGAGCUGCGGUUCUUCAGAGCCCUCCCCCUCCCUGCUAGUAAUAUGAGCCAUGGACUCCUGGGCAGUUGAUAGUCCUGUAACCCUGGUCAUCAAGGCCCCCAACCAGAAGUAUGAAGACCAGACCAUUAACUGCUUCCUCAACUGGACUGUGGAGAGGCUGAAGAGUCACAUCUCCAACGUGUACCCCAGCAAGCCGCUGUCCAAGGACCAGCGGCUGGUGUACUCAGGACGGCUUCUUCAAGACCACCUACAGCUCAGAGAUGUGCUUAGAAAGCAGGAUGAAUAUCACAUGAUGCAUCUAGUGUGUACCUCUCACAGCCCCCCAGCCUCGCCCAUGACUCGAAGCCCCUCCAUGGCCAACUCCUCUGCUUCAGACUCCAGCAGUUCAGACGGUGCCAGCUCCACCUCCGCCGCCACCACGCCCAGUCAGGACAGUCAGCCAGCUUCCUCCUCCUCUGUCCCAGGAAGUUAUGAUGGCCUGAGAUAUCGAGGCGGCUUCCCCCCGUACGACCCCCAGAGCCCCGCUGGUGUCCCUCAGUGGCCAGAUGGAGCUCAGGUCCCUUUACAAGGCGGCCUUCCUGCCAACAUGCCUGCUCACCCCAUGUACAUGCCCAUGCAGAUGCUGUGGUGGCAGCAGAUGUACGCUCGACAUUACUACAUGCAAUAUCAAGCAGCUGUAGCCGCCUCUCAGCCUCCCACCGCCCCCCCUCCUUCCUCCCCCUCCUCCUCGCCUCUUCAACCCGCCCAGCCCAAUGAGGCCGUGCAGCCCCCGCUGGGGCCCAACCCGGCCCCUAACCCUCUACCUGAGAACCAGCCGGCAAACCCCAACAUCCAGAUGAACGCGCAGGGCGGGGCCGUGUUGAACGACGACGAGCUGAACCGCGAUUGGCUGGACUGGUUGUACACGGUGUCUCGUGCCGGCGUCCUGCUCAGCAUCGUUUAUUUCUACUCCUCGUUUAGCCGCUUCGUCAUGGUGGUCGGCGCCAUGCUGCUUGUCUACCUGCAUCAGGCAGGUUGGUUCCCCUUCAGGCCGGAGCAGCAGAACCUCAGAGGAGGAGAACGGGCCAGAGCUCCUCAGGAGGAAGCAGAGAGACACCAGGACAUGCAGGAAAUGGAACGUUUGAUGGACGAGGGGAUGGAGGACGACGACAGCGGGGAGGAGGGAGGUGGAGGCCCUGACGACCAGGCUGCUGCUGCUGCUCUGCCCGAGCCGAGCUUCCUUACCACCGCGUGGUCCUUCAUCAGCACCUUCUUCACCUCGCUCAUCCCGGAGGGGCGGCCCCACCCGGCCAACUAGGCCGACGCUCCCCCUCUCAUAUCCUCCUCCCCUCCUGCCAGCAGGUACCGCUCUACAGAAGUAUCACAGUCCCACCUUCAUCUUUACUGCCCUAAAUACCCCAAAACCAUCUUCAGAUGCCCCCAUAUGUACUAAUCACAACCCCAGUCAGUCGGGUACAAACCUCCGACACGCUGCCAGCAAACGGACCGAAUUUUAAAACAAGCUCCUCUGAGGUUUGAGCGCAGACGCAGAGUUCUGCAGGAGAGUAAGAGACUAAAGGAACAUGUAGAAAGUCAAUCUCACGUUGUUUUGAUGGAGUUCAAAUGCUCCAACAGUGAAAGUUGUUUUCGUGAAUUCGUUGAGACGUGACGAAAGUGACGAAGGAGGAGGAGGAGGAGGAGCUGUCUUCCAUUUUUAGCAGUGAUAACUUCAUGCUUUUUAAACUUUUCAAUGAUGGAUGUGACUCAAAAAGAAAAAAAUCAUAAAUCUCCCUGAAACGACGUGGAGACGUGAGUCCUAACAAACCAUGAAAAUCCACAACCCCAAAGACAUUUUCAUGUGUGCACAUGACGCGCACAGAGACAUUGCAGCUACUGAAGCACAUUGUUUUCCCACUUUGUGUAUUUGAACAUUAUUUACACAUGUAAGUAUAUGCAUCUUUAAUUCCUGAAUAUAUGCUUUUUUUGAAUAAAAAUAUUGCUGCAGUUCAA